UGCCGCCUUCGCAGCCUAAAUCACUUAUAUGUAUUUUCUUCGUAAUUGACUACUCGCUCUACAAGUUUUUGUUACUAAUAUAUUAAUUCAAAUAUCAAAAUGAGUACAGAAACCUUGAACGCUUUGGUGUUUGACUAUUUAAAUUCAUUGGACCAAAACUUGGCCAAUAUGUUCCAAAACAAGACGAAAGCUUCAAAAUUGCAAAGAGGCCAAACUAAAUUAUCUCAGCUUAUUGAUGAACACUUGAAGUCCACGAAAAAGAUAAUUAAGUUACAAAAAAAAGGACCUUCUGUAGAUGAAAUAAUUAAAAUGAGUAAUGGUAAAGCAACUCCAGCAGAUGAUGAUGAAUCCGAAGAAGAAAGCUCAGAUGACGAACCUCAACCUAAAAUUAAACCUACUAAUGGUUCUAAGGCUAAGAAAGACGAUAGUUCAGAAGAAGAAAGUUCUGAUGAUGAACCUCCUGUCAAAAAAGCAUGUGUUCAAGCUGCAAAACCUGUUGCUAAACAAGAAUCAAGUUCUGAAGAAGAAGAAAGUUCAGAAGAAGAAACUCCAGCUCCCAAAAAACCUGUAACUAAAGCAGUUAUUAUGCCACCUGCAAAGAAGGCUACUGAAGAAUCAUCUGAUGAAGAAAGCUCUGAAGAAGAAAGUUCUGAGGAAGAAAAACCUACAGUUAAAAAACCAGUACAGGUGCCUGUUAAAAAAGCACAAGAAUCUAGUUCAGAAGAAGAAGAAAGUUCCGAGGAAGAGACUGUAGUAAAAAAGCCUGCAAAUAACAUUAAGGUUAUUUCUAAAGUGGCUGUUAAAAAUACAAAGGAAGAAUCUAGUUCUGAGGAAGAGGAUAGUUCUGAAGAAGAAAAGCCAGCCGUGAAAGUAGUCCCCAAGCCACCUGUUAAAGUAGUCCCCAAACCACCUGUUAAAAAAACUGAAUCAGAAUCAAGUUCCGAAGAAGAUAGUUCUGAAGAAGAGACUGUGGUUAAAAUUCCUGCUAAAGCUGCUCCUACAAAGAAUGUUAAGCAAGAAUCUAGUUCUGAAGAGGAAAGUUCUGAUGAUGAAGAAACCCCAGCAACAGUUAAACCUACAAAGAAAACUGUGACUAAACCAAUUGUGACUAAAACUGCAGAAGAGAGUAGUGAUGAAGACUCUGAUGAAGAUGACGAGGAGGAAGAAGAAACUCCAAAAGCUCCUACUACACCAAACAGCCAAAUUAAACAUCAGCCAUUUGUGAAAGCAGGAAAUGAUGAAAAUGGCACAAACAAAUGGGGUGAAGAUCGCCAAGGCGGUUUUAGAGGAGGUAGAGGUGGUUGGGGAAAUAGAGGUGGUCGUGGAACAGGGUUCAGAGGCGGCCGUGGAGGUUUCAAUCGUGAUAAUGAUCAAAAUGGUGGAGACAGAAACAGUUUUGGUCGCAGUGGAGGUGGUUUUAAACGGAAAUUUGAUGAUUCAGGUGAAGGCGAAGGCAGUGGUUUCAGAAAGAGUUUUGGUAGUGGUGAGGAGAAUGGUGGCGAGCGUCGUAGUUUUGGAGACAAAAGAGGUUUUGGCGGCAAUAGGUUUAGUGGUGGACGUGGCGGUGGUGGAGGUUUUGGUGGCCGUGGGGGUGGUAAUGAUAGAGGUAGAGGAGGAUUUGGAGGACGUGGUGGAAGAGGAUUUGGAGGACGCGGCGGAGGUGACCGUGGUAGAGGUGGUUUUGGUAAAGAUAGGUACUUCAAUAAUAGUAUUGAUUCAAAUAGUUCGCCUCAAAAUAAAAAAAUUAAAUUUGAUGACUAAAAGGGGCAAUAUGAUAACUGGGGUAAAAAAGCUGCUUUAGACUUACAAUAUACAAAAGGAAAAUCAUUUAGACAUGAAAAAA